AUUAGAACUUUGGAGGUUUCAAAUGAUUGCCACGAAUUAUUAAUAAACAAUAGAUUCAGAUAUAGAAGCAAAAUGCGUGACCUGCCGCUAUUUUUCCGACACUCUGCGACGAGCAAUUAGUUAUCUAAGACGAGGCUGCAUAUGAUUUCGGUAUCAGUUCUGAGGGCAGCGUGCCAAUAGUGCACGGGGAGUCGACAAGUACGGACGCCAACCCGCCGGUGUUCAAAUCAGUCCAAACCGCAGCCCGUUUAUUCAAUAUAGAAGUGCCGCGUAGAGCAAUGAUCAAUUUGGAGGCCUCAGCGACAAUCCGUGCCAUCCUGAUCGCCAUUGCGGUCCUUCUAUCAGGAUACGAGUCAUCUGCUAGCUCAUGGCACUAUCAGGAUGAAGGUAUGGUGCUCUAUAGUUAAAUAUAGUUUUAAAUUAUUAUAAGCCAUUUUUAGAACACUGGCCUCAAGGAUGUAAAGAAGGUAAACAUCAAUCACCGAUAGCACUCAAUGCUAGAGAUGCAACUCUGAUUGAUUUUGAACCAUUCUCUUUGAACGGAUAUGGAGAGUCAGUGACAGCUGUGCUGAAAAAUAAUGGACAUUCAGCUGAAAUCAGGCCUAAGAUGUCAGGAGAUAAACCGUCAAUAAGUGGAGGAGGUUUCAAUCACACCUAUAAAUUGGACCACUUGCAUUUCCAUUGGCAAUCUGAGCACGUUAUCGAUCGAUAUAGAUUUCCAUUAGAGCUGCAUUUGGUACAUUACGCAAAAGAGUUUGGGAAUCUUUCUGCAGCUUUACAACAUCCAGGAGGAAUAGCAGUAUUAGCAGUAAUGUUUGAUUUAUCACCGGACGACGACGCGGAAUUCGAGCCACUUGUCAGCAUAAUUGAUACAUUGAAAGACAAAGUGGGCCAACCUGUAAACCUGACGAAUUUUGUGAUCAAAAAUUUCAUCCCGAGAAAUGUAGCUGGAUAUUACAGAUAUGACGGAUCGCUUACAACACCUGCAUGCAAUGAGGGAGUUAUUUGGACCGUGUUUACGAAUACUAUACCGAUUUCCAAGGAACAGGUGAAAGUAUUCGAUGAAAUGCGAACAGAAGACCACAAGAUACUUAAGCAGAACUACAGAUCCUUACAGUCACUAAAUGAAAGAAAGCUGUACCUGAAAAGAAGUCCUUUGAGAGACAAUUUCAUCAAUAGUGCCACUACCCAUAGCAUAAGUGUUACUCUGUUAUAUAGUCUGAUUUCGUUUAUCGUUCUGUAUUAACCUAUCAUUUAUGUUGUAAGCCAAACGGAGAAACAAUGUAUAGUGCUGUGAUUUAAGCUCAAUGUUAUUUUGUAACUAUAGCUCUGCCUGACAUAAAUUUAUUUUAGGAGAU